ACGGCCGCGCCGUGAGGGAGCGCCGAGCCCGCCAUGGCCGCGCUGCUGCUGCGGACCCUUCGCGCCGCCCGGGCCGGUCCCGCCGCCCGCCACCUGCGCACGGCCGCGCCCAGGGCCGCCUUCGCCAAGGAGCUCUUCCUGGGCACCCUCAGCAAGAAAGAAGUUUUCCCUUAUCCAGAAAUCACCAAUGAAGAACUGGCAGAGAUCAACCAGUUUGUUGGACCUGUCGAAAAAUUUUUCAAUGAAGAAGUGGACUCAAAGAAGAUCGAUCAAGAUGCAAAAAUCCCACCUGAAACUUUGAAAGGGCUGAAGGACUUGGGUCUCUUUGGCAUGCAGAUCCCAGAGGAAUAUGGUGGCCUGGGCCUGUCAAACACCAUGUACGCCCGGCUGGGAGAGAUCACUUCCCUGGAUGGAUCCAUUGCAGUCACUCUGGCAGCACAUCAGGCUAUUGGGCUGAAGGGAAUCCUCAUUGCUGGCACUGAGGAGCAGAAGGCCAAGUACCUGCCCAGGCUGGCCUCAGGGGAGCACAUCGCAGCCUUCUGCCUCACCGAGCCCGGCAGUGGGAGUGAUGCUGCAUCCAUCCAGACCAGAGCAACCCUCAGUGAAGAUGGGAAAUACUUCCUGUUAAAUGGCUCCAAGGUUUGGAUAUCCAACGGUGGCCUUGCAAGUAUUUUCACAGUGUUUGCCAGGACAGAGGUUGUGGAUAAAGAUGGGCAGAAGAAAGACAAAAUCACUGCUUUCAUCGUGGAGCGGGAUUUUGGGGGAGUCACCCAUGGGAAGCCUGAGGAUAAGUUGGGCAUUCGAGGCUCCAAUACCUGCGAAGUACAUUUUGAAAACACCAAAGUGCCUGUAGAAAAUGUAAUUGGAGAAGUUGGAGGUGGAUUUAAGGUUGCCAUGAAUAUCCUAAACAGUGGAAGAUUCAGCAUGGGCAGUGCAUCUGCUGGAAUGAUUAAAAAGUUGAUAGAAAUGACAUCAGAAUAUGCUUGUACCAGGAAACAGUUCAAUAAGAGACUCAGCCAAUUUGGAUUAAUUCAGGAGAAGUUUUGUUUUAUGGCUGUGAAAGCAUAUGUAAUGGAGAGUAUGGCUUACCUCACUGCAGGGAUGAUGGACAGGCCAGGCUUCCCAGACUGCUCCGUGGAGGCAGCCAUGGUCAAGGUGUUCAGCUCUGAAGGUGCCUGGGCCUGUGUGAGUGAAGCUCUGCAGAUCCUUGGAGGCCUUGGCUAUAUGAAAGAUUAUCCCUACGAACGUUACCUCAGGGACACCAGGAUACUGCUCAUCUUUGAGGGAACAAAUGAGAUCCUGCGACUGUAUAUUGCACUGACGGGUAUGCAACAUGCAGGCAAAAUCUUAACUGACAAAAUUAAAGAAAUCAAGAAAGGCAACGUGGGCGUGGCCCUGGGGGAGUUUGUGAACAAGAUGCGGGACUCGAUGGGCCGGAAGGUGGAUCUGGGGCUGGUGGGGGACGCCGGGGUGGUGCAUCCCAGCCUGCAGGAGAGUGGCAAGAAACUUGAAGAAAACAUUUACUAUUUUGGAACUACAGUCAGGGGCCUGCUGACUAGGUUUGGCAAGACAAUCGUGGAGGAGCAGCUGGUGCUGAAGAGGGUGGCAGACAUCGUGAUUAACCUGUAUGCCAUGACAGCUGCCAUCUCCAGGGCCAGCCGCUCCAUCAGCAUCGGGCUGCGCAACCACGACCACGAGGUGCUUCUCACAAAUAUCUUCUGCACAGAAGCGUAUUUCAAGAACAAUUAUGCUAUGGCUCAAUUAGAAAAAUAUGCAGAUGAGAACCUGGAUGAUUCCAUUAAAAAAGCUGCAAAGCAAAUCCUGGAGAAGAGAUCCUACAUCUGCUCCCACCCCCUGGACAGGACCUUCUGACCACCUCCCUGCCAGCAAAUACAGAGGAAUGUAAAUCAGGGAGGACUUUUCUGCAGCUCAAGUAUUUAAUACCUUAAUAACUGUUAUUUCAUGAGUUUACCAGAUGUAACUGUAUAAAAUAAGACUUAUAAACACAACUUCAUAUCAAGAGGAUAAAUAAAGAGAUUUUACUUAAAGCUCA